UUGAGUGUGCAUGGAUCGGUUUUUGAUUCCCAGAGACGGAGAUUGCAUCUAACCCUGGACAACACCGGUGAAGGUGCAGAUCCACUGCACUAUUACAUGAAUCAGACAAUAACUUAGAAAUGCUUACCGUUUCUCUUACUACAACUUCAUAAAGUGUGUGUGUGUGUGUGUGUGGAUUGCAAGAAGCUCCUUCAAUACAGCAGCGAGUGAAUUUAACAAUGGACCUUCAACAUUUUCCCCUACAAUGCUGGAGGCAAUUGGCAGUUGAGUGUUAUUUACUCUGCUGGACAGCUUCUCUCACUGAGUGGCUCAAACACACACAUCAGAGCUCAAUGUGCUGCGAGAAGAUUGAGAACACACCCUAACUGAGCAGCUCUCCAUCUGUGAGAUAAGAUGGGUAUGCCCCCACUCUAUUCGAAAGGAUUUCUUGCUUGGUCUCUGACCAUCCACUGGCUUUUCGCCACAGUAGUUUAACCCAAGUACUACAAAGCACAUAUUUUUUACUAGAAAAAUAGACACAUUUAGCCUGUUGACUGAUUUUUAUUUCUGCAUAUUAUUCAUGCACAGAGCAGCAUGUACUUUAUAUAUCACGUUCAGAACUUGAUUUAACUACCUGUUUUGUACCCUUCACCAAUAUUAAGCAAUUUAGUCAUUGAAUAACCGUCUAAAUUCAGUCAAAGCAGACAUUUCCCAUUGCUAAGCAACAGCAACAUUUUACUAAUGACUCCUAGCUUGCACAUUAAUAUGUAUGCAAAACAGAAAAGUGCCUUUUAUUAUCCAGUCUUUCGCUAGUUUAAUGAAGACAUCAUUACACACACACAAUUGUUGCUUUACUUUUGAGCAGCGGUCAAGAAAGCUUGUAUUUUCUCCGUUACUACUACAUACAUACUGUAUUUCAUUCCUAUCAUGCACCACCCACACACAACAUGCUCCAGUCUUCUUCUUUUUUUCUGUCAGUGCUGUGCCAACUCCUCCAGCUUUACAAAUAUGAUAAGACCAAAGCUGCAGGAACUCUCCCAGCAUUAUGGUAAUGGUUAACCAGAUAAUUUUAGGGGUGGGUAUAGAAAACAGUCAGAAGUUAUUCUGUCUCCAUCUCUGCGCUCGCCCGCCUUCAAUGAGUUGAAUUCAUUCAUAGUAGGACUCAGAAUGGAGGAGACGUUGCAACAAGAGAAACAAGAGUUGGAAUAUAAAAAUCCGAAUGAGGACGAAGGUGGGAUCCGUCGCCGAUUGCGGGACAGGGAUCUUCUCAGGAAGAGAAAGGCCGAAGCAGAGGAAAAGGAAACUAACCAGUGGGUUUUUGGGGUUGAGAGCCAGAGGAAAAGAUCAAGGGCCGACGAGAGGAGUGGCACAAAGAAGAGAGGGAGGCCCAGGAAGACUGGGCCCGUGCCGGAGAUAUCUGUCAUUCAGGAAGAGGCGGCAAUUGCUCAGGAAACUCCUUCAGUAGUGGUGGUGCCUGAACCUAUGGGGGUCAUCUUGGAUCAAACAUUAGGUUCUCUGACCCCCUUACUUGCCGUGGACAGUGACACACUUGAGUCACAACCAGCAUCUGUCCUCGCUGCUUCUAUUCCCGAGGUUGGAUCUGUCCAAAGCUCUGUCCUUGCUCCUUUUCUGACUUCUCCAGUUCCAGUUAACCAGACUCCAGCUCUUGUUUUACCCUCAGCUCCUGAUAAAUCUCCCGCCAGUGUUCUAGAUACGGCUCCAAUCCCCUUUCAAGAUUCAGCUCCAGCCCCAGCUACUGCUCCAGAUGCUGUUCCAGUCCCAGCUCUGUCCCAAGCCCCUGUUCCAUUUGCAGGUCCUGCUCCUCCCCAGAUGAAGACCCUCUACACAGAAUCACAAGGCAGGGAGGCCCUUGACCAGGUCCUGAUUGAGGACUUGGGCCCAGAUGAGGAGGAAGACAUCUCUCCAUCGCAAGAACAAGGAGGUGAUGAAGAUUUGAGUGAGACACCGUCGAUCAAUGUACCUGAACAAAACAAAAUGCUCUCAAUUCCAACUUUGUCCUCUCCGCCUCCACCACAAGAAUAUCUCCCUGGAAAUUAAUUCUAAUUUUCCUAAAACACACUUUUCAGAUACUGCCUCAGUACUUCCUUUUGUGUCACAAUUUGUAUCUGAGUAUUAUUGUGGUUAGUUUCAGCCUGUUGGUUGAAGAGAACAAACAUUUUGAGUGUAUGCAUUGCUUAUUUGAAAAACGUAUGAAUUCAAACCAAGCCUGUAUGCUUAUUUAUUCUUGGUUUGUGCUUCACUGCGAAGUUCUUGAAUUUUAUUUUUUACUUUGCAUUUAGUUUAUAGCAAAAUUUGCCUGCUUUUAUUUAAAAGUAAAUGGUAUGAAUCACUGAUAAUGAUGUAUAUGUAAUUGUGGAUUUAUUUGAUUGAAUUUUGUAAAAGUUGUUUUUCACC